AUGUCUCCAAACCUCACAACAGACAAAAAGACCUCUUUCGAGGCAAAAGAGGCAGAAGAGCAGAUUGCCAUGCAAAAGCUCAACUCCCUGACACAAGGCGAGACCGUCGACCUCGACGCCACGGAAACGUUCCUCCGCGAACACAACUUCACAAACGAGUACAUAGCAGAGCUCCUAAACGACAAAGCCCUCAACAAACGUGUCAUUCGUAAAGUCGACAUGCUCCUCCUCCCGCUAUUAUGUGGAACCUACAUGCUCCAAUACAUCGACAAGAACGCGUUAUCCUACGCAGCUGUCUUCGACUUGUUUACAGACACGGGUAUCUCAUCGGAACAGUAUAGUUGGUUCGCUAGUAUCUUCUACUUCGCGUACAUGGCGGCUGAGUAUCCUUGGUUGUUCCUUGCGCAAAAGACGUUGAUGGCAAAGGUUGUUUCGGGGUGUGUUCUUGCCUGGGGAGCUGUGUUGAUGUUGACGGCUGCGGGGAACAAUUUCGGAUCGUUGGCGACGUGUAGAUUCUUCUUGGGUGUCUUCGAGGCACCGAUCACAACGUGUUUCAUGAUGAUCGUUUCGAUGUGGUAUAUGCGGGAACAGCAGCCGUUCAGAGCCGGUAUCUUCUACUGUUGCAAUGGUGUCGGGGCUAUGCUCGGUGGUCUUCUUACCUACGGCAUUGGUCAGAUCAAGAACUUCCCUGUCUGGAAGGCCGUCUUCAUGACCUGUGGUGGCAUGACCGUCGUCUGGGGUUUUGUCCUGCUCUUCUUCCUUCCCGACAGCAUCAUGACAGCCCGUCAAUUCACACUCGAGGAACGAGCGCUUCUUAUCGGACGUGGUCGCCUCGCUCGAACGGGUGUUCUCAACAAGACAAUCAAAUGGUACCAGAUCCGGGAAGCUUUCAUCGAUCCCCAGGUCUGGCUUCUCGUCCUAUUUAUGCUACUCAACGAGUGCAUGAACGGAGGCGUCGCCAACUUCGGCAAGCUCAUCAUCAAGGGUGUCGUCAAGGAUCCUCUUCAGACCGUUGCUUUGGGUAUCCCCAUGGGCGCGUUCCAAGUCGUCUGGAUUCUGUCUGGAACUUUUCUCGCUUCAAAGAUUAAGAAUAUCCGCACUACUAUUAUGGCAGUCUAUCUCAUCCCUACUAUUAUCGGAAUUUCUCUUCUCUGGAAGAUGGAUCGCGAACAUCACAAGAUUGGCGUUCUUUUCGGCUAUUACAUCGUCGGUGCAUUCGUCUGCUCUUUGGUUCUGGCGAUGCAGAUGCCUGCCAGCAACCUCGGUGGUUAUACCAAGCGUAUGACAGCUUCCGCCAUGGUGUUCAUUGCUUACUGCGUCGGUAAUGUUAUUGGUCCCCAUGCCUUCCUCGGCGAGGAGGCUCCUUUAUACCAAACCGGGUGUAUCUUCAUCUUAGGCUGUUCUGUCGCCCAGAUGAUGGUGGCGAUUAUGCUUCGAGUUCUAUUGGUUAGGAGAAACGCACGCCGAGAUGCUGCUGCGGCGGCCGUGGGAUCCAAUAACGAGGAUCCCAUUGAUACGGAUGGAGGUGAUUUGACCGACUUUGAGAACCCCCACUUCCGCUAUGUCCUAUGA